CUUACAGGUAUGCAACAGCUAGUGCCCGCUCAGAUGGCAUGUUUUUACUCUGUGGUGGAAGAGACUCCUCUGGGGCGCCACUGGCAGAUGCAUAUGGACUACUUUUGCAUAGGAAUGGUCAAUGGGAGUGGACUCUUGCGCCAGGGGUCUCACCUUCACCAAGGUAUCAGCAUGCUGCGGUUUUUGUUGGGGCACGGUUGCAUGUUACUGGAGGUGUUCUUAGAGGAGGACAUGCUAUUGAAGGCGAAGCAGCUAUUGCAGUGCUGGAUACUGCUGCUGGGGUUUGGUUGGAUAGGAAUGGACUUGUGACUUCUUCACGGACCAGCAAGGGACAUGGCGAACAUGAUCCUUCCUUAGAACUUAUGCGUCGUUGUCGUCAUGCGUCUGCAUCUGUUGGUGUUCGAAUAUAUAUUCAUGGUGGUCUCAGAGGAGAUAUGGUGUUGGAUGAUUUUCUAGUUGCAGAAAAUUCACCAUUCCAGUCUGACAUCAGUUCUAUAUUAACAUCUGAGAGAGCCUCAAAUUUGUCAACUCCUAGAUUUGGUCAAUCUACUCUAAGUGUACAUGUGAUGACUUCUGAUGCUGACCUGGGAAGUCCUCAAUCUGGGGCCCAGAGCAUGGAUAAAAAUUCCUUCGAGAAACUGAGGGAGGCUUCUGCAGCUGAAGCUGAGGCAGCUACUGCAGUAUGGCAAGCUGCGCAAGCUGCAUCUGCCAUUCCUGCAGAAGAAACGUUGGUAUCUGAUGACAAUUCACCGGUUGCGGAGACAGCUUCGGAUACUAGUGACAAUGAGGCAGAUGUUCGCUUGCAUCCUAGAGCUGUUGUGGUUGCUAAAGAGACUGUAGGGAAUCUUGGAGGGAUGGUAAGGCAGUUAUCCCUGGAUCAAUUUGAAAAUGAAAGCAGGCGAAUGAUUCCCUCAAAUAAUGACCUUUCCUAUCCUACCAAAAAAUUUAACCGGCAGAGGUCUCCUCAAGGCAUACAUAAAAAGAUUAUUUCUACAUUGCUUAGGCCUCGAAACUGGAAAGCUCCAGCUAACAGGAAGUUUUUCUUGGAUUCUUAUGAAGUGGGCGAGCUCUGUUAUGCUGCUGAACAGAUUUUUAUGCAAGAACUGACAGUUCUUCAGUUGAAAGCUCCAGUAAAAGUCUUUGGUGACCUUCAUGGACAGUUUGGCGAUUUAAUGAGACUUUUUGAUGAAUAUGGAUUUCCUUCAACUGCAGGAGACAUAAUGUACAUUGACUAUUUGUUUUUGGGAGAUUAUGUUGAUCGAGGGCAGCACAGCUUAGAGACAAUAACUUUGCUUCUUGCUCUUAAGAUUGAAUAUCCUGCGAAUGUUCACUUGAUUCGUGGAAAUCAUGAAGCUGCAGACAUAAAUGCUCUCUUUGGUUUUCGCCUUGAAUGCAUUGAGAGAAUGGGGGAGAAUGACGGGAUAUGGGCAUGGACACGGUUCAAUCAACUCUUCAACAGUCUACCACUCGCUGCACUAAUUGAGAAGAAAAUUAUCUGUAUGCAUGGUGGCAUAGGGAGAUCUAUUAAUUCAGUGGAACAAAUUGAGAAACUUGAGAGACCCAUAACAAUGGAUGCUGGAUCUAUAAUUUUAAUGGACCUCUUAUGGUCUGAUCCCACAGAAAAUGAUAGUGUAGAGGGUUUGAGACCGAAUGCCAGAGGACCUGGUCUUGUCACUUUUGGGCCUGACCGAGUCACUGAUUUCUGUAAGAGAAACAAGUUACAGCUUAUAAUAAGGGCACAUGAAUGUGUAAUGGACGGGUUUGAACGGUUUGCUCAGGGGCAAUUGAUUACUCUGUUCUCUGCGACAAACUAUUGUGGAACUGCAAACAAUGCUGGAGCAAUAUUAGUGAUUGGUAGAGGAUUAGUUAUAGUGCCAAAGUUGAUUCAUCCAUUGCCACCUCCCAUGCAGUCCCCAGAAACAUCACCGGAACGUGUUGCAGAUGACUCAUGGAUGCAGGAGCUUAACAUCCAAAGGCCACCAACUCCAACUCGUGGUCGCCCUCAACCUGACCAUGAUCGAAGUUCACUUGCAUAUAUUUGAUGGUAGGAACAUAGCAAAAUUUUUGUAAUUAACAACAUUGUUGCGGGAGUCCUUUGUUCAUAAAACCCCAUGGCGAAGCUGUAUGCUGUAGUGCUCCAGUUCUAUCUGAACCAUGCAGAUUGCAGAAGAUAAAAGCCUAUCUGUUGUAUACAUAGCUUGAGAGUUGUAAAAGACUACUCUCUCAACGAGUGUGUUGUAUGUACAAUAUUCUGUCCAUGGUGCUACCCAACAGAUAUAGGGGAAGGUGUUUGAAUUUUAGCUCUAGCAUUGUAACAUAAAUGGAUAAUAUAUUGAGGUUCUCGAUGUAGCGAUUUUUUCAUUUUGGAAUUUCAAAUUGAAAAAAACAAUAACAACAAAAGCAAUGCUAUAAU